UCUCUCUACUCCGGCCUCAGAGACAGAGGCAUUGUGGGACGGAGGCGGAAUUGCAGAGGUUUCCGGAUCCCCUGGACUGUACUGGGAAAAGUGGGAAUAUAAGGGAGGAGAAGAGAAGUCUGUUUUUUGUAUUAUUGUCAGAGGUUUACACCGAGGUUUCUUUGCUAAGUAGCUGCAGGCAUGUCACAGUCUGGAGAAAAAAGCAAGUUCCCUGAGGCUGCCGGGUACGUGGGCUUUGCUAACCUCCCAAACCAGGUGCAUCGGAAGUCUGUAAAAAAAGGCUUUGAGUUUACACUGAUGGUAGUAGGAGAGUCUGGACUGGGUAAAUCCACCCUCAUCAACAGCCUGUUUCUCACUGACCUCUAUCCAGAGCGCUACAUACCUGGAGCAGCAGAGAAGAUUGAGCGCACAGUGCAGAUUGAGGCCUCAACGGUGGAGAUUGAGGAGAGAGGGGUGAAGCUUCGCCUCACCGUGGUGGACACUCCUGGAUACGGGGAUGCCAUCAACAGUCAAGACUGUUUUAAGACCAUCAUCCAGUACAUUGACAAUCAGUUUGAACGCUACCUGCAUGAUGAAAGUGGCUUGAAUCGCAGACACAUUGUGGACAACAGAGUUCACUGCUGCUUCUAUUUCAUAUCUCCAUUUGGACACGGACUGAAGCCACUGGAUGUUGAAUUUAUGAAAGCCAUCCACAGCAAAGUUAACAUCGUCCCUGUAAUCGCAAAAGCUGACACUCUGACGCUUCGAGAGAGGGACCGCCUGAAACAGAGGAUCCUGGAUGAGAUCAGUGAGCAUGGCAUCCGCAUCUACCAGCUCCCUGAUGCAGACUCCGAUGAGGACGAGGAGUUCAAAGAACAGACCCGUGUCUUAAAGGCCAGUAUCCCUUUUGCUGUGAUUGGCUCAAACCAGCUGAUUGAGGUCAAGGGGAAGAAGAUACGAGGGCGUCUGUACCCUUGGGGUGUGGUGGAGGUGGAGAACCCUGAACACAACGAUUUCCUCAAACUGCGCACCAUGCUGGUGACUCAUAUGCAGGACCUGCAGGAAGUGACUCAGGAUCUACACUAUGAGAAUUUCCGCUCAGAGAGACUGAAGCGAGCCGGCAGGUCAGUGGAGGAUGAAGUGUUGGACAAAGAUCAGAUCUUAAUGGAAAAAGAGGCUGAGCUAAGACGCAUGCAGCAGAUGAUUGCUCAAAUGCAGGCUCAAAUGAAGAUGAAGCCAGGAGAUGACUGAAAAAGAUAAUGUAUUAUGUACUUAUUUGUUGCAGUAGCAAUAGAAAGCCAGAGAUACACUAUGCUACUGGCUUCAUUAGUUCAGUCCAUGUAUCUACCAUCACUCUGGACACUUAAAAACAUACGGUUCAUUUUUCUUUGCCUUUCGUAGAUUUGCCUUUCACAAAUACGAUUAUUUCAGCGUAUCACAGCAUGUGCCCAACUUUAUUCACAAAGACCGAUCCCUUAACUAAAUCUUAUAUUAAACCUUAUUCAGUAGAUCAUUAAUAUACCACCAUGGUUGUUAUUUUUAUAGAACGAUGUUACAUUGCAAAUAAUCAGUGGAACAUAUCACUUUAAACAGUUUCAGGUUCAGAAGCUUGUCUUGUUUUUCCACACUGUCUCACUGUCCAUGCUCAAUCAAGUCUGCUGCUGGCAGGAAGCAGCUCACAUUGUACCAGUGACCUCUCACAUUUCUCAUGCUUAUAUAUGCCUAGCUUGUGCCUUCUCUCAAGCUGUUAUAUGUUUUCAAACACACUAAAGGAAUUUACUAGUUAUUCAAACCCAAAGUAUAUGAAAAUUCCUACCCUUCCUACUGUUCACAACAAAAAAGUUUUUCUUCUAAGUGGAUUUCUAAAUGUAUAAAUGAAAGUGCCUUAAUUUCUAUGCCUUGGAUUGUUACUGUAUGAGAGAAUGCCAUGAACUUUUAUUGUUUCAGUACGUGCUUCAUCAGUUUUAUGUUUUAAUUGCCACUAGGGGGCAACAGCCACUAAUACUAAGCAGGACAAUAUUUCAAAGGGAGUCUUUUCUUUUUUCAGCUUCUUGUACUCCAAAGAUUUUGGCAGUUAGUUUGGCCAAUAUAAAAACUGAUAUCUUCUCAGCUCAAUUGAGUUAUUCGUUUAAUCAUGAGCCUAUAUUGUUUUUUAAAAAUGUUAUAUGUGUAUAUAAAAAUUGGGGAAUUGAUCAUUAAUCAUUAAUUGUGGAAUUUAUAAUUAUUUGACCUGAUUUUAUUCAAAUUUCUUAACUCAGUAUUUCAAUUGUUUUUUUGAGAGCAUAUUAAGAUAUUAAUCCAAAGACAGAGGCAAGUGUAAAUGACUGAAAGUGACAUGGUUUUGAUGUUUCUUAAUGAAAUAACAUGUCAGAUGAUAAUAUUGACUGGAAAUGUUAUGUAUUUAACAAAAGUGUUACAUGCGCCACCGUAUAGUCUCCCUUACACCUUAAAAAUCUUUCCUGUGUGUCCUAUAAUUUUUCUCUAAAUAACGAGUUAUUUCCUUGAUCCUCACUGUGCUCAUUAGUGAUCAUAUUAACAUUCUGCUGAUAUUUUGUAAAUGUUUUGACCCAGCCCUAAUUACUCUGUGGCUUAGUCAUCUCCUGUUUACAGACUUAUGUUUGUUAGAUGUUUUUUGCAUAUCCACGGUACAAGUUCACUGCCUUGUAAAAUGCUGAUGUUUUUUGUGUACACUUUGAGCAAUAAACAUUCAUAUGUUCUCAGAGAUAUAAAGAAAUGCUGCUCGUUUUACUUGGCCUACACCUACUGAAGAA